CCUGGACUGGAAGGUUCCGUGCCCGAGCCCAUGGCGGAGACGGCGCCGGCGACGACGCUGGACAUCGACGACAUCCCCUUCGCCGACCUCCUCCUCAUCCUGCUCCCGCCGGAAGAGGCAGCAGCAGCAUCCGGCGACCACGACGACGACGAGGCAGAAGAUGGCCGCCGCCGCCGCCUUCUGGCCACCGUCUGGGCCGCGCUCGGCCCGGGCGGCGCCGGCCUGCUGGCCGUCUCCGGCGUCCCGCGCGCCGCCUCCCUCCGCCGCCGGCUCCUCCCCCUGGCCCGCCGCCUCGCCCUCAUGGACCACCCCUCCCGCGCCCACCUCCUCAAGAAGCACGGAUUGGGCAGCGACGUGCCUCUCAACAAGCCCGACAGGUCCGUCUCCUCCUUCGCGCGGCUCCUAAGGCAUGAUUCAGGGAAGCUCCGCUCCCCGGAGGAGGUGCCGGACGCUGUCGAUGGAUUUGGGCAACAAAAGGGUGAUGAUGAUAUUGAGAACCUUGGUGAGCUUUUCGAGGAGCUGGGUCUGUGCAUGAUGGAGCUUGGCGUCCUGGUUGCCCGGGCUUGCGACAUUGUUAUCGGUGGGAAUCAGCUCGAGCAGAGCAUUACCGACUUUGGGAGCGCAAAGGCGAGGCUCAUCCAUUACCACUCUGAGUUGGAUAACAGGAUCAUCAAGGAGAGGAGCAGCACAAAGAGGAGAAGCUUGGCAAACAAUGCAGCAGCAGCAGCAAGACCUUUAUCGGAUCACAUGGAUGCAGUUCAAAUGCCAGGGUCAGAAGAUGGAUCAUGUAUCGGAUCGAAAGAUGGGGCGGCCGUUGUAAAGCCAGCGGAAGAAAAUGAUUCCAAGGGUGCCGCGGUACAGGGUCAUGGCAGCGCGGUUUCUCUUGUGAACUUAUGGCAAGAGUGGCACUACGACUAUGGAGUGCUGACAGUCUUAACAGCGCCAUUAUUCUUGCGCUCUGCUCUCGGACGGGAAUGCCCGGUCGGCGAAGAAUGCUCUCUUCCUGAUGGGCACUCACACCUGCAGCUCUUCAAUAAAAAGAGGAUUUUCUCUGUGAGAUGCUCCCAGGAGAGCUUCAUUGUUCAGGUUGGGGAGGCAGCAGGCAUCUUGUCAGGGGGGAAGCUGAGAUCUACGCUUCAUGCUGUGAGCAGACCAUUAGGCUUGCCAAACAUAAGCCGGGAGACUUUCGUAGUCUUCCUACAGCCGUCAUGGGACAAAACUCUACCUUUCUCGGGUUACUCUUCUGCCGACGAGGAUGAGUCUAGUGAUCACAUGGAAUCGGCCUUCACGGGUGAUGGACCAGCAGGGUCUUGUAGUGAACAUACAUUGAUGCAGGAAAUUCUGAAGAAGAUCCCCCCUCUGAGGUCAAGGCUGAAAGAAGGCAUGACAUUUGCAGAGUUUUCUAGGCAGACAACGAAACGGUACUAUGGUGGUGGAGGCAUCCAACAAAACAGUUAACCAGAAGAAGUAUGGUGAUGGAAAUGUAUCCCAUACAAACCGAUAUGAAGUACCGAGUUCUACGCCAUGUAUGUUGAGAAUCCACUCUGUAAUUACUCCGUGUCACAGUAUGUGCUUUUUAUCUUCGUUGAUGGCUUAUUUUCUUCUGCAGUUGUGAAGUCACAGAGUUUUUAACUAGUAUUUCAACCUCAAAAGAGCUGGCUUCCAAAAUUUGUUGGUCCAAUAAUUUAAAUUUAUAACUUCAUUAAAACGAGCCGUGCUCCUGUUCUUGUGUUGGUAAGUUUAAGCCUCCUAAACUGAUAUUGAUGAUAGAGAUGUCGCAUCAACUCAGGAAACUUAUUGAGUAAUGAUUGGCAAUUAUUCAACACGAUGCUCACCGCUUCGCAUUCCCAGGCUGUUGGGUUCCUACUGUUGCAUCAGAUCUGUUUAGUUCAACCACAAGGCACGUUUCAAUUUGAAGCCUUCUUAAUCUUAUCUCACAUCUGAGGUGUUAAGAAAGAUGUGAUCGAUAUAACUGUAGCAGGAAAAUAUGUAUCACUCUGGUUCGUUGGUAACUUUAGCUUCCUAAACUGAUAUUGAUGGUAUAGAUCUCACAUCACACAGAAGAAAUCUGUCCAGCAGUGGUUGGUAAUUAUCCAGCACAAUGCCCGGCUGUAAAAGAAGUUAAAUGUUCGAAAACUAGUAUGGCACUCUGCACUUUCCAGUACAGUAUUUCUUUUUCUGUCUAAGACUGUUGGGAUCCGAAUGUUGCAGCAGACGUGUUUGGUUCAACCAGAUGGUGGGUUUGAACUUGAAGCCUUCUUAAUUUUAUUCCAGACCAGAAGUGUUGAUGUAAGAUAUGAUGGGUGUAUCCCAUGUAUCCGCCUGGUUCGUUUAUACAGUACUUCUUUGCAGUGCAUCCUUGGAUAAUAGUUUUCCAUUGUACAUCACUUAAACACUCAUGCCACAUCAGUGUGGCCAUGCUUGCUCUAGUCAGCACAAAUAAUCGGUGUGCUCAUCUUGUUUUUCUUUGUUUUGUGAGCAAGUAUGAUCUAUAUCUAUUGUACAGUACAUACCUUGUUUCGUUAUCACUGCCAAAUAUGGGCAAGUCAAACUAUAAGAGUAUUUUCAUCAGCACUGAAUAGAUGAAUGUGUAGUAUCUCUGUAUUUGUCAAUAGCUUGCUGUUGAGUGUGACGGGUCAGAUUAGUGAUGGUCUGAUGUUCUGAUAGCACUGAAUCCACUGUUCUUUUUUCUAACAAAGUUGGAAGAAAAAAGGAGUCCGUAGAAAGUGUCGGCGCUGGUUUCGCUUAUGUUAACAAAUACUAGUUCUUCUAGUGGCGGUGCUGAUUUUCUUUAGAUGAUGUCUGUUAUUUUAAUUGUCUAUUUUUGUGAACUAAUGAAGCUUGCUUUUGUUGGGCCAAGUCCCUCCGCAUGGAGGUGUGUUGGCAGCCCAACAUCAGCCCAUAAGUUCAACACAUGUCAGUCGUUGAUCCUCGCUGCAUCCAACGGUUGGGAGCGCUUUAAAGGAAAGGGAAGGGAAGCAAGAAAAAGAAAACCUAGGCACUCUAUCUUUGCUGGAGGUGGCUGUCAUUCGUGAAAGUGAGAAAGAGCAUACACAAAAGAGGAACACAACCUGUGAGAGAGAGGGAGAAGAAGUGGAGGUUUUGUCCAGGUUUGAUGCAUCUCAUAAGACAGUGUUCAAGCUAGUGAUUGGAGGCUCAAACGUGCUUGGACCGAUCUCAAACUUGGUGAGCUCGUUCCUUACUUUAGGUAGUUCGAUCUGGUUAGCUGGUUUGAGGAUUGGGUCAGUGGAGCAUCAGAUUUGAGAGUGGUUUUGUCAGCUCUGACUGUUGUAGUUUCAGAACAGAGUAAUUUUGGGAGACGAACAGUUUGGAUAGGCAAACGGUGUCCGAUUGAGCUGAAAUUAUGAGGGGAUCUCAGGAACUCGUGUGUCUACUUGUCUUUCAAAUUUGGUGCUAUUUGGUUCAGCGGUUUAAGAUCAGUUUGCAAAAUAUUGAAGGGGAUAGAAGUUGUGUGUACUCGGCUUUGCUGUAAUCUUGUCUCUUGUUGUUGUUGUUGUUGUUGUUGUUGUCGGUUGGCAAUGUGAAGAGUGUGUUGUAAAUAUCUCUAGAGGUUUUAAAGAAGAUUUUGUAUUCAUCA